AUGGUUCUAAAAUGGGGGAUAUGCAGUAUUGGAAAAAUCUGCAGCGAUUUUUGUUCAGCAUUAAAAACCCUACCAUCAGAGGGCCAUCAGAAGUUCGCGACUACAUUUUACAUUCCAAAAACCUACAGUUCAUAUGAACAGUUUGCAGCAGAUCCGGAAAUUGAAAUAGUAUACAUCGGAAGUGCACACACUGAACACGUCAGGUUGAGUAUUCAAAUACUGAAGGCAGGAAAGCAUGUUCUCUGUGAGAAACCAUUAGCAGAUACACUUGAAGAUGUCAAACUGGUUUAUAAUCUAGCGGUAUGGAGUCGCUGUUUCCCACUGUAUCACAGAAUCAAAGAAGAAAUUACUUCCAAGAGCAUAGGAGAAGCUCAGAUGGUGUCGGCAAGAUUCUUCAAAAAAUUUAACUAUUGUGAACGGAUUAAAACACAAAUCAGAGGAGGAUUUUUACUGGAUUCCGGUAUUUACACUGUACAGUUGGCAUGUUUGGUGUAUGACGAAGAUCCUGUAUCCAUUAAAGCAGUAGGCGAGGUAGCUGAAAGUGGUUAG